CUUCCUAGUAACACUCACAACCCAGCAGCACAUGGAAAUGGAGGACCAAAUGGAAAGCCAGAAGAGUAGAAUAACAAGCAAAGAUAACUUGAUAUCUGAACGGACAGGGUCUUUGGGAUGUAUUGGCUGGUUCAUCGUCAUACUCUCUGGCAUCUUCACAGCUCUCAUGUUCCCCUUCACAAUCUGGUUUUGUUUGAAGAUUGUUCAGGAGUAUGAGCGCGCCGUCAUCUUCAGACUGGGCCGCAUCACAGACAGAAAGGCUAAAGGACCAGGAAUUUUCUUCAUUUUGCCAUGCACUGAUUCCAUUGUGAAAGUGGAUCUGAGAACAGUUUCAUUUGAUAUCCCACCGCAAGAAAUUCUAACUAAGGAUUCGGUUACUGUUUGUGUGGAUGGCGUGGUGUACUUCAGGGUCAGUGACCCAAUCGCGUCUGUGGCCAACGUGACUAAUGCUGACUUUUCCACCCGACUGCUGGCACAAACCACCCUCAGAAAUGUCUUGGGUACUAAGAAUCUUGCUGAGCUCUUGUCAGAUCGUGAGGGAAUUGCUCACAGCAUGCAGUCCAACCUGGAUGAAGCCACAGACAACUGGGGCAUCAAGGUGGAGCGUGUGGAGAUAAAAGAUGUAAAACUGCCUCAUCAGCUGCAGAGGGCCAUGGCUGCCGAAGCAGAGGCUGCACGAGAGGCCAGGGCUAAGGUGAUUGCAGCAGAGGGUGAGAUGAAUGCAUCACGAGCCUUGAAGGAGGCAUCACUUGUGAUCGCAGAGUCUCCAUCAGCAUUGCAGCUUCGCUACCUGCAGACUCUCAACACCAUUGCAGCAGAGAAGAAUUCCACCAUCAUCUUCCCUCUGCCCAUGGAUGUCUUGUCCCACUUCAUGAGGAAGUGAGGUUGCUGCCUCAGUAAACCCUGUUUGCUGAAUGGGAUUAUUUCUGUUCUAAAAUAAAAACUGUCAGGAUGCAACACAGUAAUUUUUAUAAAGAGUGAUCAUAGAAGCAGCCGCAAUCUGUGAUGAGACAAGGUCUUUUUUUACCCAUGUGAUUGAAGUUAAAUUCAGAAUAGUGUUUCUGUAAAAAUGAUAUAACAUCGUUCAUGAUGCUAUGCAAUGCUGUCUCGUGCAGCUGAAUGUGUUGAUGAGUAUAACAUUUAAAAAUAUGUAUUCAGCUUCUAUUACUUCUUAAUUCUAACAUCUCAAGUAUUCCUAAAAUAUAUUUUGUUUUUGUCACUUCACACACUUCUGUUUGUAGUUCACCUUCUCUUUGCAUCAGCCAUAUUUGGAAUUCAAGGAAAUAUUUGAAAUAAGCAGAAGUUUUUAAAAAUUAAUGUGUUUUGCUUUGGAUAAAAGUGCCUAUUAAAUGCUGAAAUAGACCCAAAUGAAUAAAAUCAAUAUACUUAGCACAAAAAGUGUUUUUUAACUGAUUAUUUCUCCCCUUUAAUAAUACCAAGUUACCUUAACAACAAUGUAUAUCUUGUAAGGAUCUGGCUUCAAUGCACUUUCCCACAAUAAUAAGGAAAAAAAUAAACAUAUUUUCCUGUUUGACAUAUUUUUUAAACUUCAUUCAUUUUACACUGUGAGAGACAUCAAUAGUAUGUUGAUGAUCUAAAUGCAGCCACAACAGUUUGGCACCACUUCCUUGUGCUGGUCAUAUUUAAUUGUGGGAUGGCAUCCUGUCCCUCAACCAGGAGAUACUGAAAGUAAACCAGCGUGGGUUGUCUACCCACACAUUAAGCUGUUGCUCAUUUCACAGAAGUACAGUUCUUACAAUUUAUACCUCACUGACUAAUCACGCUUUCUAACAUCAAUUGGUAUUGCUAAAGGGGAUAGAAAUAAUCGACCAGACAGAAUUUGUUUUUGGUGCUCAGUUAAAUAUAUCUGCCUGAUGAGUUGAACGACAGUCCAGAAUCAUACCAUUAUGCAGUUAAACACACCUAAAAAGUUGACUGAAUAGCAGGAUUUAUCCUUAAAAAACACAAACAUUUGCUGUAGUUUUCUUAAAUAUUUUAAUGUCGAGUUCUCCCCAGAAAAUUUAAAUGAAAUCAUCAACAUACUGUUUACAUUACAUUGAUGAACUAUUUUCUUCCUCAUCUUCUAAGUCUCCUACACUACAGUUACAUCUUAACCAUCACAAAUGCAGAGAAGUAAAAGAAGAGAAAUGGAGAACAAGAAACAGCAAAGACAGACAAAAGCAUGCUUGUAUUACUCUGUCGGUGCACUAAGACACAACUCAUGUCGUAAAUGUAUUUACAUUCAAACAUACAAUCAGUGCCAGCACAGACAAAUUCUGCCUCUGGGCCAAAAUCCAAAAGGAAUAAUUAUAUAGGCUACCUCCACAAAUUCGAAUUCUAGAGCCAAAAGUUACAAGCCAUGGAGACCUUUGCUACGACAGCAUUUAACUGAUCAACAUGGGUACAUGUUCUUCCAACGAAUAAGUCCCCCAUGCUAUUUUAAGGAGAUUCAACUAAAUGCUACAUAUCUUAUGGCUGCUACAAAGUGAUCAGACAAGAGGUCCUUCUGUGUUUGACAAAAUCACAUGAAGGACUUGUAUAAAAUGCAGUCAUAUUAAAUUUUUUUGACAUUCAACUUAGUGAGACAAAAAAUGUCCACGGGACACAUUGAAGGGUCGUUACAAUACCAGUUCAGUGUUCAAAAGUGAAGAAUUCAUUGAAGAUGAAAUUGAGAACUUCAAAUUGCAUGUAAACAAUAGCUUUGUUGCAUCAUUGCAGAUUGUAGUUUUUGCACCUUAAUGGACCUUUAGCAGGACCCUAAGGAGUUAUUCAGAGAUGUGAUUAAAGUGAAAAGCCUAACAUCUGAAAAAACAGUGACCUUUUGACUGGUAUAUGUUUACAACUAAUCAAAGACAUUCUUAAAUCAUUAGUGUAAGUACAAAAUCAGUGACAGUUUAAAUACAAUUAUUCUCUUGUUGCACUUGACAUUCUUCUGUUUUAGAGUAUUUAAACCCUGUGUACUUGUCAUACAAAAGAUGCUGAAGGUUUAAUGUAAAGAUUUUUCUAUUUUUUUAAGACCAUGAAAGGUGCUGGUAAAGCAGUUGAAGACCUACUUCCAAAUCUGACACUGGUAACUCAGAAAUUCUUUUCUUUACAUGUUUGCUGACCCAGUGGGUUGGUAACAUUUUCAAACAUAUAUGCUGGUAAAUUUAAUCUAUAGUUUUGCAGAAUAGGAAUAGGUAACUAUGAGAGUUUCAAAGGAUUUUAAACAAUCUGAGCCAGGCAUCAAUAAUGAAGCACCAUAACUCCAAGACACUCAUUUCUCAUGCAUCUAUUGAUCUAUGAGCAAUAUUAAAUUGCUGUUAAGCCCUAAGUUAUGCUUCUAUUAGGGAUUUAACUCCCAAAACAGACUUACCCACAUUCUUUUUUCUCUGGCCUUGUCUAUUUACAGGUUUUUAUUUUGUGUAUAGUUUAAACAGUUUUAGCUAAGUGAAUAUAUGACUUUGUUUAACUGUAGAAGACUGUACCUUUUAAUGGUGACUUGUUUAAAGCCAGCUGAAAGAGACCCUGAGGUUAAGUUAGUCAACAGAGUACAGUACAUGAGGCAGCUUACACAUACUCUAUGCAUUAAAAUACAUUUCAUUUUUAUAUGCCAGUGGUUGGUUUUUCUGGUGUGUUGUACAGAUGUGAAAAGUUAUCCUGGGAAAUUCCUUGACAGUGUUUUUGAUCUGUUGAGCAGCUACACAAAAGAAAAAAGGUAUUUCUAUUAGGUGAUCAUUUAGAAAAGUAUUCCCUGAACAACAUAUUGUUAUACACCAAGCAUUAAGUGUAAUUUGCAGAAGUACAAAGAAAGAACCCCCCAAAAAUUUGAUAAAA